AUGCAUGAAUACCGCCUGUGUAACACCUCUAAAACGAAACUUGUAAUGAUGGUUAGGGUCGAGAGAUUACAUUGGUAACCACGUCAACACAACAAAUUAAUAAGGCGGGGAAGAAAUGGCUUGCUACACCGAUACAGGUGAGGAGACUCCCGCAGAAGAUCGAGUUCUUUUGCAUUAAUGCCUCUGCAACUGCAGUAGAUACAAUUAUGUUACUUGAUACAGAACCAUUAAACUUUUCAUCAAGGCGUUGUUUGUUAUUGUGGUUUAAAAACUGACAUACCCACGCUGAUUUAAAUCAGUGUUUGGAAACGAUAGAAGGAAAAUAACUACAUACUCGGACAUGCUUAUUUACUUUAGAAGUUUUGUGACACUUUAGAUGUGGCUCAAGGAAUCAAACCUAUUCAAGGUACAUGUACAUUUAGGCUUUAUUUCUGUGUUCCUGAACAGUUCAGGCCACUCGGGGUUCACUGGUAUUGAUCUUGUAAUAUUUGCAGAUAAAGAUCAGUAAAAAAAUUGAAGAACAACAAUCACUGUAGGAAUAUCUUGUAAACAUAUUCUGAAGGUCGCCAAAUCUAAAGAUUGGCAUAUAGACUCGGAGUGCUUAUUGCUUUGAUAUUACAACUUUCCUAGAUUUAGAAAUAGCAUCAUUUUAUCGAAAAAUUCCACUUUGGUUACUGCGCCGUUUCAGCUGUACGUGCCUCGAAGCUUAAGGCUAUAUAAGCUUUGAAAUGCCCAGCUUAGCCAGAUGUCACUUGCAAGUCUUCGCGAACAAACAAAGAAAUACAUACAACAAUGUACAAACUUGCGGUAAGUUGUGUUCAGACCUAAUUCUAUACAAUGGUUAAGAUAUGGAAGCGGAUUUAUUCUAGGUAUAUUUUUUGGUUUUUAUUUUUAUCUAUCCAAAUUUUCUGGCAAUAACCUAAGAUGCAGUCAAAGCCAAAUAACAGAUUUAGCGCAUUUAAUUCUCUGAGUCAAAUCAAUUUAGAACAUGUUAAUUGCUAGCCAUAUUUGACAGGUGGUUGCUCGUCCUCCAAAACGCAUGGUUCUUGAAACGGCUGUUAUUUCAUAAUCACAAAAUGGUAUAUUCUUCCAUCAAGCCUGAAACACAGAAAGCCUUUUGAAAAGCGGAAGAAAACUGAAACCAGAGCAAUUGGAAUCACCACUCGAGAGAGGAAGAAGUCAAUGGAUAAUUCAAAAUACUAGUGUCAAGGGCAAGAGAAACAAUUGGUUUGGUGCUUUAGAUGAGUUUUUGAAUAUGAAAUGAGUUCCUAAAGCCAAUCAAAAAGAGAAGUAGAGUAAUAUCAAAGCAGCCGCCAUCUACUUUCAAAACUCACAAGUUAUAUAGAAAUCGCUUCAUCGCCGGCGCGUCGGUUUAAACGGCAUUGCAACGUUAAAUUUUCAUUUUCCGUAGCCUUCUUGCUGAUUAGAAAAGCAUAGCAAUACUACUAACACGUUUCUUUGAGAGUUCAACCUUCUGUUGGAUAGGGUCAUGGUUUUAAACUCAGUUUACAUGACCAUAUCAUCUUUAAAUUUAGGUUUUAGCACUGCUGACCAACUGUGUCGCUGUGUGCAGUUUGCCAUGCAGCAAAAAUUGGAGCAGACUUGCCACUUGCCUUGGCAUGGAUUUAAACAAAAGUUUCUCGGAUGAUAUCAUCCGGUUCAUUCAUCGACGUGGUUAUAUGAUCGUUCCUCCGUCCAACCCCCCAACUCAAAAGCAAGGUUCUCAUACGAAGAGGUCGAUUUACUCUGGAAGAUGCCCUUUCACGUUCGCAGUGAAAGAUUUCAUAGACACAGUGCCGAGGUUUGUCUCCUAUGCCACAUGCAGUGGCUGCGACGUCCGUUGCAAGGCGGUCCCCUACACCGUGAGUCUACUUCGCAGGAAAUGCGGCGAUUAUUGGUUAUGGGAGGAGCGAGACAUUCAAGCUGCAUAUAUUUUGGAAAUUUAA